GUAGGUGGGGUCAGCGGCUGGGGCGUUCUUGUUACGGUCGCGACGGAUUGGGCUGCUGCUCGCGCUGGAACCUAGGCGGCGAGCAUGGGUCGGUCUCAGAAUUUGUUCCGCGCCCUGUGGAGAGCGCUGUCAAAGGAAGUGAAGGAGCAAGUGGGCACAGACCAGUUCGGGAACAAAUACUACUAUAUCCCGGAGUACAAGAACUGGAGAGGACAGACUAUUCGAGAGAAAAGAAUUGUAGAAGCUGCAAAUAAAAGAGAAGUAGACUAUGAAGUAGGGACUAUCCCAGCAGAAUGGGAAGCCUGGAUUAAAAGAACAAGAAAGACUCCACCUACCAUGGAGGACUAUUUGAUUGUUGCAUAUUACAAUAAACACAAAGGAAAAGUAAAGUUGAGUUUCAUAUCAAGGAACGAAGGACCAACCCUGACACUUGGGCUCAAGAUUUGGGGAAAGAUUCCAGGGAGUUAUAGUGAGAGAUCAGAGAGACGGAGAGAAAGCCCACACAAGGUUGUAUUAUAGAGUUGGCCAUGGCUGUAGGAAAAUGGUGCAACCAGUGCUUGAUUCAGAAGACCCUGAUGUUUAAGACCCUCGAGAAUCUUAUAAAAUGUGCUUCAGAACUGUCUGAGGGAUAAAAAGGGAAGCAUGUAUCCAUCAGAUCUCAUCCUCCAUGGCUCAGGAGUGGAUCCCCGCAGCGUUAUCUUCCCAGUCUCAGUGCCAAGUAGCUUCCCGAGGUAAAAUCCGGCCAGUUUUAGCUGCUGUCUUCUAAUUGGCCUGCUGUGCUUUCACUGAAUUCCUUUAGAGAUCUGUUCCCUAUCUGGCAGCUUUGAGAUCUGUUCCCUAUCUGGCAGAUAAGCUAUAGCUUCUCCUUGCACAGAUCCUGGUACCAGGCAGAUCUUGUGGUUGUUGUUGGUUUGUUCCCACCCAGUUGUAUUUUGGGGUCCAUAGAGAUACCCUGUCACCAAGGUUGGGUGUAAAUGUGGUCCAUGGAUUUUGGGUUUUGCCCUGUUUUUAUGUAGGGAUCUGGUUUUCAACACCAUUCCAUGCUCCUAUAAUAGUCUCAAGGAACUAGUAAUUUUAGGCAGUAAAUCAGCCAAAUGUCUCUUUGAGUCAACUGUCUGGUUAUUUUAUUUGAGAUGAUAAAACUACUUUGGGUGUACCAACAUGAUCAGAUUUUUCUUUUACAAGCGUGAAACAAAAUGCAUGUCCGCUUUUCGCUAAACCAAACUUCUGUGUCUCUUUUCUUGGAGCCCUAUCAAAAGUGACAUCACAGCAUAGAAUAUUGCUGUUUUGAGAUUUAACACACUUCGAGUGAUUAGAUCAUAUAAAUGUAAAUGUUAGAGAAGUGAUUGCGAUCUUUGUAAAUCAUUGUGUUAAAAUACGUGGUUUCAUUUAGUGCAUUGAUAUUGUAAGUGAAGUUCAGUUUCUGACUUUUUAGACACAGCGUUAAUGAAUAGGCACAUUUACCUACUGAUUAAAGAAAAAUAGCAUCCCGCAUUGGUGAUUGAACAAACCAGGGCUUCAGAGAAUUAUUACUUAAACCUUUACCUGGCAUUCUGCUCAGCUUUCUAUGUCAUUUACUUCAUAACUGAUUUACCCAUGGCUUUAAAGCAAUAUUCUCCCAGAAAUGGUGUUUUUUAAUGUAAUUUAAGAUUCCUUUGUCAAAUAGAGCUUCUUAACACCAUAACAGAUCAUGCUUCUAAUAUUUUUUUU